AUUUUACGCUCCUUAGUGGGUUGCUUGGUGGGCUGUUUGCUGCUGGAUACAUACUUGUGUGCUUGAUAUUGUAGCGAUGGCCGAGUUGGUGCUUUUAUGUAAUAUUUUGAGUUGUUGAUGCCACUGGCGAUGUCUUGAUUUUCAAAGAAUUUUGAAGGAAGAGGAUUUUGAGGCUAAUGAAAUUCACAUCUUGAUGACGAAAAGUUGUCAAAUUUCUAAAUUUAUUAACGAUGGGCGAGGGCAAUCCAAUAGCCGUUGUUUACCUUUGCAUUGACGAAGAAGUUCGAAGGGUGGCCAUCAGCAAGAGCUGUUCCACUGCUGAAGACCUCUGCAUUCUUCUCUCCAAGGGUCUGGGCAUAGGUCCUGUAGCUCGACACUUGUUCUCCCUCAGAGUUCACCCAUGCAUCGACAGCAAUCCCAUAUGGCUGCACCCCAACGUGGCUCUAGCCUCGCUGGACAACCUGGAGUUUGACUUCAGGAUGCGUUUUCGCAUUGCUACUUUCAGCCGCCUAAAGAAGGUUGACAUCAACGCCUUCAAUUAUUUUUUCCACCAAUGCAAAAACGACAUCAUCGAGAACAAAAUCCAGGACAUUGUCUUCGACAAGCACAGGCGAGCCCUUGCUGGUCUUGGAGUUACAGACAUGUACCGGGUGAUCCUGGAAAAGAAGGUGCCCAUCUCGGUGGUCAAGAGGGACUACAAAAAGUACAUUCCGAGAGAAGUUGUCAAGCAUCACUCAUUCUUCAUGAAGAGACCCAUCAUGGAGAGUUUGGACAAAAUCCAAAAUAGUGGACAGAACGAUCCUGCCUUUGUCAAGAGUGUUUACAUCAAGCGCUUUGAGGAGAUGGCCCCUAACUAUUUGACUGAAGAGUUCCGAGCCCUGACUGACGAGGCUGGAGUCGUUUACAAAAUCAACUUGAGUGUAAAUCCGUUUCACAAAACGUUGCCUGGAAUUUGGAUCUGCGUUGAAGGAAAGAAAGACUGGAAAGAGUUGUGUUCAAUAGAAGGUCUGUGCUACAUAUCGGUCCGAGACGAUGGAACUGUGGAGAUAUCAAGGAGAAAUGGAAUCCCUUCAUACCUGAAAUUUGCCAAUAAGCAAACCAUGUACUCAUUUGUCAGCUUACUCGACGGCUACUAUCGUUUAAUCUCAAAGUGGACAUUCAACCUUUGCAUUGACUUGUUCACUCCUUCGCUGCUCAAACUUGGUCUCCUUAAGUGCCAUGGACCUGUUGGCGGGGAAUUUUCCUAUGCCAAAUUGGAAGAAAAACGUGGCUGCAAACCUGGCUGCUACAUUUUACGAGAAAGUGAGUUGCAGUAUGAAGCUUAUUUCUUAGAUGUCUGUGUAGAUGGAAGCUCAAAACCAAAGACUUACAAAAUUGAGAAAAUAAACUCCGGCCAAUUUUUGUUUCAAAUGGAUGGACUAAGCUACUCGAAUAUAAAUGAAAUCAUCACCAAGUACAAAGCUGCUGGUGGCGAGAUUAAUAUAGAAGAGUGCUUACCUCCUUCUGAAUAUGAUCAAUCUCCUCUUCUCUUGUGCCAAUUGGAUAAUGCGAAUAUGGAUCAAACGUCCAGCAUAAGUGGAGAAUUUAGCGGCCCACGAUGCAUAAAUCCCAGAAAUAUGCAAGUUUUCAAGGGUGAGAAGAAGUUCCAAGAAGGAGGUCUUUGUGCUGUGUAUCGUUGUGUGCUGCAGUUAUCAAAAUCGACCAAAGUGGAGGCAGCAAUGAAAGUUCUAAUGUCAGAAUAUGAAGAUAAAUACUACAAAGAGUUUCUGAGGCUUGCAAACCAAUGGGCAUUCUUGCAGUCUAACUCUGUGGUCAAAUUCUAUGGAGUGACCCUGUGCAGUCCAGUUGCCAUGGUUACUGAGUACCUGAAGCUUGGCCCAUUAGAUCAGUAUCUUCAGAGAAAUAAACCUAUUAUGAAACCUGAGGAUUUGGUCGAAGCAAGCACAGCUCUUGCUACUGCUCUUUGGCACAUGGAGGAGCAAGGAAUUGUCCAUGGCAACGUUCGCUGUCACCAACUUAUGGUUUCCGGUCACACUGAUGAUACUUUCGACGUGAAGCUCACUGAUCCGGGACUACACCAAUACAGCGACAAAGACAUUCCGUGGAUACCAAUCGAGUGCUAUAAAAAUAUGGGCUCUGCUGCAAAGUCGGUUGCUGCUGACGUCUGGGCAUUUGGCACAACUGUUUGGCAAAUUUUUUCAUAUGGCCAGAAGCCGUCCAAAGCCGAUGAAACUUUUUCAAUGAAAAAGUUUUAUCUUUUGGGAAAGAGAUUGCCUCCUCCAGAAUACUGUCCAUCGGAUAUUUACCGCCUUCUUCUAGAAACUUGGGACACAGAUGUGCACAGUCGAAAGAGGCCCCAAGCAAUCAUGCGAGAUAUAAAUCAAAUCCUAUACCAAGUUUUCAACUCGAGGCGAAAGCACAGUUACGCUACCGUCUUCCCUCAAUCAUUCCAUGGCAAUGGCGAAACGGUGUCCAUUGCCAAUUUUAGUCUCUCCACUUCAAGUUCCAGUUUGGCUUCUGGUGCCACAGAUACGACCUUUUUGGAUGAAACAAAAAAUCCUUGUUUUGGUCUGCUAAACCCUGGACUGGAGCUCUCGUGUGAUAAUUUAAGCCUGAAAGAUUCCCCCAUCGAUGUCACAUGGCUUCAAAGAGAGGGGAGGGAUAAGCUUCCUGACCUGUCUUCGUUUUGGUCACGGAUGGACUUGUCGAACCCGUGCAUGACUCCUAUUUUUGAGUUAGAUGCUCAGUGCAAUGUUGUGCUGCAGGGGAAAAUUGGCCAAGGAUUUUAUGGUGAUGUUUAUCGAGGAAUUUUGGAACGAGAGUCAAUGAACAAAGAGCCAGAACUGGUGGCUGUGAAGCGACUUAAAGGAGAUGCAAUAUCGAGUUGCUUGCAAGACUUUGAAAGAGAAAUUGCAAUUAUGAAGACUUUGGAGCACCCAAACAUUGUGCAGAUUAUUGGCGUCAUCCAAGAGCCAGAAGUCACUCUAGUGAUGGAGUUUGUCCAGCACGGAUCUUUGCAAAGUUAUUUGAAAAUACACCAAGAAACUCUGACUCAAGCCCAGCUGUUAAAGUUUGCUCUUGAUGUUGCUAAGGGCAUGGAGUAUCUAGGUAGCAAAAAUAUUGUGCAUCGAGAUCUUGCUGCACGCAACAUUCUUGUCGCCAGUGACAACCAUGUGAAGAUUUCAGACUUUGGGUUGGCCCAAAAUCUGGAGAAGAACCAUUACUAUAUUCUUAAAACUCACAGAGAGCUGCCAAUCAAAUGGUAUGCUCUGGAAAGUUUGCGAGACGGAAAAUUUUCGCUUAGCUCAGAUGUGUGGUCUUAUGGAGUUACAUUAUACGAAUUGUUCACUUUUGGCGAGGACCCAAAACUGGGGUCUUGGCCAGCAGAAGAGGAGGCCCGACAGCUACUGACUGCGCUGGAGAGUGGCCAGCGCCUUGCCUGUCCUCCCCAGUGUCCGCAGAAGCUGUACGUCCAACUUCUUGUGCCUUGUUGGAACGCCGACAGCCACAAAAGACCAACUUUCAUACAGCUUGUUUCGCAGAUUGAAAAACUGAUCACUGCUUAAUCCUUGUGUUGUUAACCUGCACUCAAAGCUUCCUGUGCCAAAGUCAUUUGAAAUUCUAUGUUUUGUAUCUUUGCAUUUCAAUAUGGGGCGUUACAUCUCUUUUUAAAAUCUUCUUAGUUUUUUUUUUUCAAAAAAUUGAAACUCGAUAGAUUACGUAAUUGAAUUUGAAUAUAUAAAUUUUAUAAAUAACUAGACUGAUGUUGAAUAAAUGUGACACACAAAGUGUAAUUAUGUGAUUGGUAGGUGAAUCCAAGAAUGAAAAAUCUAUUGAGUGUUAUUUUCCUAUUUGUAUUUUUAAGUUUUUAUUGGGAAAACUUUAAUAAAAACAUCUAGCACAAAUUUUCAAAUAUCACA